GUCACACUGGGCAGGAGCUCAACUAAACUAAUCUAAACAUAAUCUUAGUACAAUAAACAAUCAUUCGAACAGCUCAGGGCAAGCGACCAACAACUUCUGGAUGUGACAGCUCCUUGGGGCGGUAGCAGCAGCAGCAGGCAGUGUGAGACGACGUCAGCAGCUUGGCAGCACCAAAACAACAGCAACAGUGGUACCAAUAAGACUGUAACGAGGUCGCAGGUCGCAGGUCGCACCAAAGGAGGAGGAGCAGGCGCAGGAGCAGGAGAGUAGGAGUUGGAGAGAGCCAUGCGCCUUAACAAGUCGGAGCUAAACUCUCUUGCCAGCAAUUCAGCAACCCGAUUCGAUAGGGAGGGCCUGCUCAUCUUCAGCGACCGCCAAGAAGGCUUCCUGUGGCGCAGCAGUGAAGUCCGUGUUGAACGCUGGUGCAAGCUACGUGGCAAUUUACUGUUCUACCUCAAGGACAGGGACCCCAAAUCGGCUGUGGUUGGCGUUCUGGUGCUGGAGAACUGUCGCCCCCGCAUCCAUAAUGAAGAGCGCGAUCCCGAGGGUUAUGUCUUUGAUCUAGACUUUAAGGACAGCAUCUCGGAGCGCUUCAUUACGUACACAUCGGCGGAACGUCUUGCCUGGGUGGCCAGCAUCGAGGAUGCAUCAAACGAAAAGCUAAACCUGCUCAUACGCCAGCUAAAGGAACAGAUAGCGGCCAAGACCCGUUGUCAGUCCAUCAAAAUGGGCAAUCAUAUUGAUCUGGGCAUGCCCAUGUCGCUGGAGGAGCAGCAGCAGCAGCAUCAGCAGACGCAGGAGGAAGAGGAGGUUGAAACGACAGCAGCUGCACCCCCCUUUGAAGAUCUCGAUCUCUCGGAGCUGCCCAUAUGCGAGACGGCCCUAUCCUGUGAUAGCCUGCCAGUGAAUGCUUUGGGGCGUUCGCCCAAUCCCCAGGUGGUCUGCUCGCUGCUGGUGACGAGUGGCAAUGGAGAUAAUGAUAGCUUCUGGCGGGAGCAUGCCCGCACCGAGUACCAGGAGCAUACGCGUAGCCCCCAAUUUCUGUGUACAAUGCGGUUUCAGCGUAGUGCCAGCUUCUCGGCCGCCACACGUCUUCGCUUCAGCGUCCUGGAUGUCCGGGAAAGACUGACGCACACCGCCCUUCCGCUGGGUCAUGCCGAGGUGGCCCUGGGCGCCAUUCAGGACACCACGCGUCUACGCAUGCCGCUUACCUCGCCGCAUGGCGGUGAUUGUGGCUUUAUCACGUUGACUUCCUGGUCACCGGAUGCCACUGCCAGUGGUGUUGCGGCCACCAUGGAGCCUGGUCAGAGUGGCAAUGGGCCACCGCGUUCCAGCACUCAGCUCUUUGACACAGCCGGUGGCACUGCCAGCAGUAGAAGGGCUCAUCGUCGCACCCAGUCACUGCCGCCGAAGCUAAGCGUCCGCCUAUUCGUUCCCCAGCAAUGUGGCCUCCAGAGAGUGUGCUCCAAUCCCCGCAUGCGCACCUACCGCCUGCACUCUUCCCUGGGAGCGGAUAUCAGUGUGCAAGAGACGCUACUGGAAUCUCGGUUGUGCUGCCUGCUGCCCCAACAGCUGCUCUCCAUUUGGAUUCAGCGCGAAAAGGAGCUGCUGCAGGAGAUCUCUGGGAUGGGUGAGCUAAGCGGCGAGUGGCGUUGGCGUCAGAUGAAUUUGCUGGAGGAGCAUCUCCGGCUGCUCAAAGAUUACUCGCAGGCGAAGCAGAAUAUCCAGCAACUGGCCCGUGAUGGAGUCUUCUACAAGCGCUCCUCGGCCAAGGCGGAUGAGGCUCUGGAGUUUCUGCCUGUCAACCUGCAUGUCCAGCGGAUGUGGGCCCAAAACGAUACGCUGCAGAGGCGCGGCUUGCUGGAUGUGAUCACUGUGGGAGCAUUCACACGCCACGAUCCUAAGGGAAACAAGUGCGGCGGCCUGAUCAAGCUCCUGCAAGAGAGCAAGUCGUGGAAACUGGAGCAGAGCGAUGCUUGCAAGGUUCAGACUGCCAACGAUGCCGUUCAGACCACAAAGCAGCUGCGCAAGGAGAUCGUAGAACUGAUGUCACAGCUCCUGCAGCUGGCCAGCCGACGGAGCGCCAAGGAUAUGAUGCCGCUGUGCAACCAAAUGGUGGCUCUCACACGCACCCUGCUCUCCAUCUGGGAGCCGAGCAUCGUUGAGGAGGGCGUGGCCUUUAUCGAGCGCCAUCGCAUCAUUGAGGAGCCAGAGAAUGUGUUGAUGGAGCCCAUGUCACCCUUCCGCAAGAUCACCCAACAGCUGACGGCUCUGGAGCUCAAGUCUCCGGAGCUUGAGGACUUUGCCACGCCGGUAAUUGCGCCGCCAGAUCUCUGGCCACGCGGCCAGCAGCUGGCGUUGAUGCGCUCCAACAGCUGGCAUUCGCCAAGCAGCUCGCUCGACAUUCGAGCCAUUGACUCACUGCAGCAUGUGGUUAAGUCAUACAAUGACCACUUGCGCAGCUUGGAGCAAGGCGGGGACAGGGACAAAUCGCACGAUGAAGAGGAAUCCACAUAUCAGUCGUUGCCGGUGACAUGGCACACGGAAACCGCACCUCCAGGCGUCCCCCCGCCGGUGCAGCUGAUCGAUUUGGACGAAAUAGGUCGAAGCCAGCGACACCAGCACCGAAAGCAGCAGCAGCAGCAUCCUCCGGCUGGCUUCUUGGACACCAAGCUGAUGAGCUCCUCGCCGUCAGCCAAUUACUAUCGUCCCACAGAGGAGCCGGAACCCCUGGAUCUCACCCAACUAAACAUCGAGGCAAGCGUUAUGUGUUUGGUUAGCAAGUUAAAGUUCUUCUGCGGCCACUGCGAUAGUCCAGCAAUCCGGCUACGGCAGCCCAAGGCGGCAGCCAAGCGCCGGGAGGGCUUCACCGUGGCCCCGCAACAACAGGCACCAGACGUGAUUGUGGCCCCAUCGCCCAAGCUUGAGCUGGAUCUCAAGCCGCCAGUGGAGGAGGACACUAUACCGCCACCUGCGAAUAUCAAAAAGAAGGGCAACAAGUUCACCGACGGCCUGGAUCUCUCGCUGACCACCGAUUGGGAGGCAGAACUGCGGCCGAGCAUGCGCAAGCUGCGUCACGCUAUGGACCGUCUCCUGAAGACCGCCCGGCUGAUACAUUCCGUACAGAGGCUACAACAGGAUGUGCGCUGCAAUAGUCUCCAGGCGAGCAUAAUGUACCGCCGGGAUGUGUGCUUCUCUCAGGCGAUAACCUCACUGGUCACCGCCUUAAUGCUCCGGCUGUGGGGUAGCGAGUUGGAUAUGGGAUAUCUGGUUAUGUUACGCGACCUGGGACCGCUGGCAUACUUCGAGGGCCUGCUCACUCUCUAUGGCAACGAGGCGGACAUGUGGAGCGACAUGUGCAUCGCCAUUGAAGACUUGUCGGCCGUUAACUUCCAGCUGGUGCGGGCGCAGGGAGAUGCCGCACUGGCGCCAACGCCACGGAUUACAGGCUCACGACAGGCACUGGAAGUGCAGCUGCCAGUGCCAGAGCACUCGUUGCCGGGGAAUGGCACGUCCAUUUCCUUUAAAGUCACACCCGUCUUCUUUAACAUAGGCAUCAACGAGAAGGCCAGCUUUGCGGAGACAAUGGGCAAAACGCGGGAGCAGCAUCGUUCCAAUUGGGACAAUUACCUGGUGUUGAGCAAGUACUUUGGACGCUACCGGAAGCUGGGUCUUGGUUCCGUCGAGGCUGGUGAAUCGCUGCGCUCCCUGCUGGGCCUCAUGGAGCAGCAACUGCGGGCCAAUGUGUCCAAGAAUGUGAAGAUUCUGCAUUUGGCGGAGGAUGCCUGCCGGUUGAUGGACGGCCUGAGGUUUACCUCUUGCAAGAGUGCCAAGGAUCGCACCGGUAUGGCGGUGACACUGGAGCAAUGUCGCGUACUUGUACGAGAGUUCCAGCUGCCGGCCAAGCAUGUGCCCUACGCACUCAGCACGAUGAGGAGUGAGGGCACCCGCAUGGAGAACGUACUGAAGAACAUCGGGAAGCGAAAGUAUGCCUUCAAUCGAACUCAGGUGUCCUUCCUGCCGGCCGUUUAUAGGCCGCCAGUUGGCAGCUAUGGCAAAGCGCAAACUUAAUGAUUUACCGAGUACUUAAUGCUCUGCAAAACCCGGACCUUGUGAUGAUGGCCAAUACAAAAAACAUUGGACAACGAAACACAAUAGAAAUACAAUUAUCGGUAUCGUAAAAGAACAUACAUAGAUAAAAAAAGCUGUGCCAAAAAUCAAACAAAUUAACCAAAACGACACAUUAGCGAAGAAUCUAAUAUAUAUCUUCCUUCCGGACAAUUGUUAAGCGCUUCACAUAAUUCUAAUCCGAACCCCGAAACCCUUCUUCCUAUAUUUACACUUAGGCUAUAUACAUUUAACCACGUAGCAAGGCAAAACGAACAUGUACUUCCAGUGAAUAAAAACAAAAAACCACAACUUGUUAAACAAUA